CUGCCUCCCCAACUGCCCAGACACUGACAGGCACCCUCAAUUCCAGACCCAGAUGCCAGUCUCCCCUCCAAAAUGGCCUCCCUGUCCGUGGUCCUUAUCCUCCAUGGCUUUCUCCUCACAUCCCCACCAGGUCCAUAAGCAAACUCUGCCUGGCCAGACUCCCCUCUGUAUGGCCAGGCCAUGGCGUCACUGCUUGGUGGGGUCUCAGCUGCUUCACCUCUCCCUCCUGUGGCCUGGAAUUCCCACCCAACAGGCCACACCUGCUGCCCUUCAGUGACUCCUGGUAGGGUAAAUAUGAGGGUCUCACCAGGCCCCAGAGCCCCUCUGAGCACAUAGAUGUGGCUGUCUCUGUCACUGCCCAAGGUGGCUGUGCAUCAUUGUGUUUUCAGCUUCACCAGACAUUGUCCCACCUGGACAGAUGCUGGCUUCCUUGGUUCCCCUAGCUGGGAACAGUCUAGAGGGAAGGAGCUAGGGCUGCACGGGGAGCCCCAGUGGUCCUGUGCUGGGAGAGGCAGCUGGCAGGCUAGGUGCAGCAGAACCAGCAGGGGCUUGGAGAGGAUGGGGUCCUUUAUCGAGGCAGAGGAUCUCUAGAGCUGCUGUGCAGGGUAUGGAGAGAGAAGGGCAGGGCUGCUGGGACUCAGGGCUGUGGGGGUUGAUGGGGCUACUAGGGCUGGGGGCUGCAGAGGCUGGGAAGUUGGAGAAGUAGUGGGGGCUUGGGGGACUGGGUCCUGGAACAGACCCUCAGAUACUGGGGCAUAACUCUGUGGGAGCAGGAGGGAGUGGGGCAAGGUGGUGCAGCAGGAUCUGACCACAGAGCUCCCCUGAGAAGUUCUGGGGAGAGAGGGAUGGGCAGGUGCUCAACAAGAGAUGUGGCUCUGCCAAGGAAGGUUCUCCCUAAGUCCCACGGACAGGGUCUUAGGCCUGGGUGGGGAUGCCUUUCCCAUCCAGGGAAGGCAAGAUGGUGAGCUUGGGUCACCAGCUAUAGGUAAGCUGAGCGACUGCAAGGCCCCUCGACUGAACCCUGAGUGCCAGGUUUCCAGAUGCCCCCAUCUGGCCGUCGUUGACUGCUGCCCACGCCCACAGGUCCUGCCCGCCCGCGCCCAUGACCAACAUGAGCUGGAGCUUCCUGACGCGGCUGCUGGAGGAGAUCCACAACCACUCCACCUUCGUGGGCAAGGUGUGGCUCACCGUGCUGGUAGUCUUCCGCAUCGUGUUGACUGCUGUGGGCGGCGAGUCUAUCUAUUCCGAUGAGCAGUCUAAGUUUACUUGCAACACGCGGCAGCCGGGCUGUGACAACGUCUGCUACGAUGCCUUCGCACCCCUGUCGCAUGUGCGCUUCUGGGUCUUUCAGAUCGUGGUCAUCUCAACGCCCUCCGUCAUGUACCUGGGCUACGCAGUCCACCGCCUGGCGCGUGCCUCGGAGCAGGAGCGGAGGCGCGCGCUCCGCCGCCGCCCAGGUCCCCGGCGCUCUCUCAGGGCGCACCUGCCACCGCCUGGAUGGCCGGAGCCCACUGACCUGGGCGAGGCAGAACCCAUGCUUGGGCUGGAGGAGGAAGAAGAGGAAGAGCCAGGACUGCCCGAGGGGCCGGGAGAGGACACGGAGGAGGAGCGCGCAGAUGAGGUGGCAACCAAGGGGGCUGGGGUAGACGGCAAGGCGGCUGGGGGCCCGGGUCCAGCCGGGCAACACGAUGGACGGCGACGCAUCCAGCGCGAGGGACUGAUGCGCGUGUACGUGGCCCAACUGGUGGUCAGGGCUGCCUUUGAGGUGGCUUUCUUGGUGGGCCAGUACCUACUGUAUGGCUUCGAGGUGCGGCCCUUCUUCGCCUGCAGCCGCCAGCCCUGCCCACACGUGGUGGAUUGCUUCGUGUCGCGGCCCACUGAGAAGACUGUCUUCCUGCUGGUCAUGUACGUGGUCAGCUGCCUGUGUUUGUUGCUCAACCUCUGCGAGAUGGCUCACCUGGGCCUGGGUAGCGCGCAGGACGCCGUACGUGGCCGCCGCGGUCCACCAGCGCAGGUGCCUGGUCCCGGGCCGCGCCCACCACCUUGUGCCUUCCCGGCCCCGGCCACCAGCCUGGCCUGCCCGCCCGACUACAGCCUGGUGGUGCGUGCUGCUGAGCGUGCACGCGCGCAUGACCAGAAUUUGGCUAAUCUGGCCUUGCAGGCGCUGCGUGACGGGGCGGCAGCAGGCGGAGACCGGGAUAGCCCGCCCUGCCCUGGGCUCUCCGCGGCCAACCGGGGGCCACCCAGAGCCAGCGCACCGGCUUCUGGAACCGGCAGCGCCACGUCUGGGGGCACCGCCGGAGAGCAGGGCCGGCCUGGGGCCCAUGAGCGGCCAGGCGCCAAACCCAGGGCUGGCUCCGAGAAGGGCAGUAGCGGCAGCAGGGACGGAAAGGCCACUGUGUGGAUCUGAAGAUACUGGCGGGGAUUGCUGAUGUGGGGGGGCUCUGGAGGAAAGUUGAUCUCAAUUCUGUUAAGACAGCGGCACCCAAGGCAGCUCUGGCUGCUUCUCCUGCCUGGGGAGGGACGUUGUAGGGAGGAGAAGGGGCUGAAGGCCAACAGGAGGCAGGGUCUGGGCACCUCUGAGGCUGAAAGACGGGGAGGAGGAAGCCUGUGUGCCCCCAAGGGUGGGCAAAGCAGGGGCCCCAGAAUGACUGGCCGUGCCCCUGCUGAGCUGUUGGGCCCUCAGAGAUGACCACUGCCUGCCUCCCAUUCCUUCCCUCUGAGCUCCCUUGCAGCAACCCACUGACCACCUGAGUCCCUGGAACAGACAUUUUGGGGACUGCAGUUUCCACUCGCUGCCACAAUAUGUGGUUCCUUUGCCACACCUUCAGCCUGGAGCCCUGGUUCCAGCAAUCCCAGGACAGGCAUAGGGUCCUGGGCUCAGCCCCAACCUGCACCAGUUCCUGGUUCUCCUGGGGUGACACUCUGCAGAGGACCUUUGAUGGACAGGACCACCCCUUCUCUGAGCCUCUAUGGCAAAAAGUAUCAGCUAAGGUUUGCUGCCUAGACUGACAAAGCAGUGGUUGGGGACCUGUGGCUGGGUUAUGCUAGAGGAAGGGGUCUUGGGAAGCCUGCCCAUGACCUCUCUGCCUGCCUUCCUAAUUCAGAGCCAGCUUUGGAACUAAGGGAGCAAAAUAAAACUAACUUUUGUUUACAACA